AUGAGCGGCAUCGUCGUCGUCGUCGUUUUACUUCCAUGUUUGGAACGAACGAGAAACGAAGAAAAAGAGGUUCAUUCAUUUUUUCCUCUUUCAUCGGCUACUACUAUUAAACUACUAUCAUCUUUAUCCUUCGUGUUUUGUGAGCAUCGCACACUGACAAAAAAAACAUCAGUAGUUUUGAAUAAAUUGCCACCAGCUAAUGAUGAUGGAGAAGAUGAAUAUGACGAAGAUGGUGAAGAAGGCGACGACGACGACGAUUCAGCGACUACUCCAGCGGGUGCAGGUCUUCCACUGACAACUACUGAAAAUCAAUUUGAAAAGGCUAAAGCAAUUGGAAAAGACGUCAUCGAAAAAGUACCGAUGCCACCUUGGGCUACAAUUAUCCUCGUUAUUAUUGUUCUUCUUGCAUUAUGUGCGUGUAUCGCAUGUUGUAUACGUCGAACGUGCCGAAAGUUAUGGAAGAAGAAAGGAGUCAAAGGAGGCAAAGGUAUUGAUUUGCAAGCUGUCAAAACUUUCGGCUUACACAAAGAAAAGGUUCAACCUGACAUUGAAGAACUAACACCGAAUAUGGAAGAUAAUGAAGAUGCCGAUUCGAAGAAAAGUGAAGCACCUAAUUUAGGGAAAUUAGAAUACUCGCUUGACUACGACUUUCAAAAACAAGAACUUAAAGUUGAAGUCAUCCAAGCUCAAGAAUUACCGGCAAUGGAUAUGAGUGGUACCUCGGAUCCAUAUGUGAAAGUUUAUGUUCUACCCGAUAAGAAGAAAAAAUUCGAAACGAAAGUUUAUCGCAAAACACUAAAUCCUGUUUUCAAUGAGACCUUCAUAUUUAAAAAUUUGGCUUAUGGUGAAAUUGGCGGAAAAACAUUGGUCUUUGCUGUGUACGACUUCGAUCGAUUUUCAAGGCAUGAUCAAAUUGGUGAAGUACAAAUUGCGUUGAAUACAGUCGAUUUAGGCAAAGUUAUACGCGAGAUAAAGGAUUUAUCACCUCCACCAGGAGAUAAAGAAGCAGAAAAUAAAUUAGGUGACAUUUGCUUUUCACUUCGAUAUGUACCAACAGCUGGUAAAUUAACCAUUACUAUACUCGAAGCAAAGAACUUGAAAAAGAUGGAUGUCGGUGGCCUUUCUGAUCCAUACGUUAAACUAUCGUUAAUGAUGAAUGGUAAACGGUUGAAAAAGAAGAAAACAUCGAUUAAAAAAUGUACAUUAAAUCCAUAUUAUAACGAAUCAUUUACAUUUGAAGUACCCUUUGAGCAAAUUCAAAAAGUACAAUUAGUCGUUACUGUUGUCGAUUAUGAUCGUAUCGGCACAUCUGAACCGAUUGGUAAAGUUGUUUUGGGUUGUAAUGCGACCGGCACUGAAUUACGGCAUUGGUCUGAUAUGCUCGCAUCACCGCGACGACCGAUCGCCCAAUGGCAUUCUUUGAAAGAUCCGGAAGACGGCAAACCAUCAUAA